AUGGCGCCUCUCCGCCAGGUCUCUAGCGCCAACACCGGGCUUCCGGCCGGCUCGUAUAUCUACAAAAUCAUCUCCACAGCGUCACGGCAAGAUCCCCUCACCUACUCUUUGACCGAUCAACUGGCCUGCAUAUCUUCGGACGACUCGUUGCGUUUUUAUAGCGCCGACUUACAACCUGAUGGUGUGAUCGCAAACGCAAAUGAAAACAUAACCUGUCUGGAAAGAGCGAACGAUGCACCCAGCAAUGUUGUCGCAACAGCAGGAAGAGACGGAUUAAUCAGGUUUCGGGACAAGAGGAGCAAGCAGAAGGUUUUAGAGAUACAAAGUCCACACAAGCUUGUCUCAGCACUGGUGUGCGACGCUGAAAAGAACUUCGUUGCUGCUGGUAUCGAAAACCCAGAAGACGGACCGACCUGCUCGCCGGUCUACAUAUGGGACCAGCGCAGCCCUGCAGCUCCUCUCCGAUCCUACGUAGAGUCUCAUACUGACACCGUGACGAACCUUGCUUUGCACCCAUCGCACCCAACCCUACUCUUAUCAUCUAGCACGGACGGCCUAAUCAACAUCUUCGACACUUCUCAGGCAGAUGAAGAUGAUGCCUUGUACCAAGUUGUGAACCAUGGGUCAGCCAUUGCACAUGCAGGCUUCAUGUAUCCUGGCACAGACAUUUAUGCAAUCGGCACGGACGAGACAGUGAGUUUCUUCGCUCUACAGAGUCAGAAAGAGGAAGAGGAAGAACCAACUCCGAAGGUGUGGGGCGACGUUAGGGAAGGAUUAGGGUGUGAGUAUGUCGUGGAUCUGGCAUGGGUCGGACAACAAGCUUGUGUUGCUGCAGGAAAGCAUAGCGAGAACCACCUCAACCUCAUACCGAUCGACAAAGGUACCAACGGACCUCUGGAUUACAGCUUUGAUCUCGACAAGAGCAUAUCCUUCCCAGGCGCCCACGGCGAGGAGAUUGUCCGCGAUCUCUUCACUGACACUCAUACAAACACAACAUACACAUGUGGCGAAGAUGGCCAGAUUCGUGCUUGGAAACCUUCAGAAGAGAGCACCAUGGAUGUUGAUGAAGGAGCGGCAUCAGCGAAGAAGAGACGCAAGGAUAAGAAAGAGAAGGCAAGGUUCAAGCCAUAUUAA